GUGAACUUCUUUCUGCUUGUUUUGAUGAUCGGAAAUAAAAAAGAAGCAAAACUAAUAUCGUCAAGGAAAGAUUUGUAUUUAAAGCUGUAGUUAUCCUUGUGUCAUCGUGACUGUCAGUUCAACUUAUGCAGGUCAUGUAACAAGUGUAUAUUAUUGGAUAAUAAUCAUUUUUACAAUUUCAAAAAAUGGCACCCGUGUUUAGUAAAGUAGCCGCUCGUAACUCAGCUGCUAUUGCUGCAUCAGUUGGGCUAGUUUAUUGGGUCUCUUCAAUUCGCUUAAAAAGAAGACAACAAAAAGCUGAUGUUGAUGAAGUGGCUUGUGCCUAUGCUCAGAAAGAAGAAAAGAAAGAAAAAGUCCAAGUUGAUGCGAAAUUUUUUAGGCAGCUGAAAGCAGUUUUGAAAAUUAUUUUACCUGGUGUUUUUAGCUGGGAGGCAGCAUAUGUUGCUAUGAUUGCAUGCUCACUUGUUGGAAGAACAUUGUGGGAUAUUUGGAUGAUUCAUAAUGGUACUGUCAUUGAAAGAUCAAUAAUUACUCAGAAUAUACCCCUGUUUAGGCAGUCACUAGAAAAAUUUAUUUUUGCUAUGCCAAUGAUAUCACUUGUUAACAAUGCUAUGAAAUUUGGUUUAAAUGAGUUAAAGCUUCGUUUCCGAUCAAGACUUACUAAACAUCUGUAUGACAAAUACCUAAGCGGCAUAACUUAUUACAAAAUGAGUAACAUUGACAAUAGGAUAGCCAAUCCUGAUCAGCUUUUGACUCAGGAUGUUGAUAAAUUUUGCAAUUCUGUUGUUGAGCUAUAUUCAAAUAUAAGCAAACCUCUUCUUGACAUUAUAAUCUUCGUUCAAAGAUUGUCUUCAGACAUUGGGGCUGAGGGUCCUUCUCUAAUGAUUGCUUAUUUAAUACUAGCUGGUCUUGUUCUCACAAGACUUAGAAGGCCGAUUGGUAAAAUGACGAUGACUGAGCAGAAACUGGAAGGAGAAUUGAGAUAUGUUAAUUCUAGAAUAAUUACUAAUAGUGAAGAAAUAGCAUUUUAUCAGGGUCAUGGUAAAGAAAAAGUUACCAUGCUACAUUCAUUUCAAAGACUGAUUAAUCACCUGAGAAUGUCUCAUCAUUUCAAUUUUUCAAUGGGAUACAUUGAUAAUAUUGUUGCUCGCUAUUGGGCUACAGUUGUUGGUUAUCUAUUGAUAAGUAGACCUUUUAUAACUUCUAGAAAAGAUUCACUUUCUCAUGGUGACAGAGUUGAGUCAUAUUACAGAAGUGGCAGAAUGCUGGUUAAAUUAGCUGAAGCUAUUGGCCGUUUAGUUUUGUCCGGACGUGAAUUGACUAGACUAGCAGGGUUCACAGCUCGUAUUACACAACUUGUGACUGUUCUCAAAGAUUUGAGUCAAGGUUCAUAUGUUAGAACAAUGGUAACAGAACAUUCCAAAGCUGCUGAUGUCUCUCUUCAAACAGCUGUAAAAAAGCCUCGACUUAUACCAGGAUCAGGCAGAAUUAUUAACAAAAACAACGUAAUCAAGUUUGAUCGUGUGCCUUUAGUUACACCAAAUGGAGAUGUUUUAAUCGAGGAGCUUUCAUUUGAGGUUAAAUCUUCAAUGAAUGUUCUAGUAUUUGGACCUAAUGGCUGUGGUAAAAGUUCAUUGUUUAGAGUAUUAGGUGAGUUGUGGCCUUUGUUUGGAGGAACAUUGACAAAACCCAGCAAGAACAAACUGUUCUACAUACCGCAGAGACCAUAUAUGACUUUAGGCACAUUUAGAGAUCAAAUUAUAUAUCCUGAUAGUCAUGAGGAAAUGAUUCGCAAAAGAAAAUCUGACCAAGACUUAAAAACUUUAUUAGAAUGGGUUCAAUUAACAUACAUCCUCGAUCGAGAAGGUGGUUGGGAAUCCAUAAAAGAUUGGAUGGAUUUGCUUAGUGGUGGAGAAAAACAAAGAAUUGCUAUGGCGCGUUUAUUUUAUCACUGCCCUCAAUUUGCUAUUCUUGAUGAAUGCACAAGUGCCGUUAGUGUAGAUGUAGAACAAAAUAUGUAUGCUAAAUGUCGUGAGAUUGGUAUAACUUUGUUUACUGUAUCACACAGAAAAUCAUUAUGGAAGCACCAUGAGUAUGUACUGUACAUGGAUGGCCGUGGUGCAUACGAAUUUAAACCCAUCGACGAAACAACUGAAGUGAAAGGAUCAUGAUUGAACUAGGUCUGAAAAGAUAUUUAUAUUGGUUGUGGCCUUAUUUUAAUACUCUUUCAGUAGCUACAAUUGUAUACAUAUUGAUUGAUAUUUCAAUUCCUUGUCUUUCAAACAUUCAGUAACUGCUAUAGAGUAUGAUAGAUAACGAUUUUUGCCACAUUGAUUUUUUUUAAAUAAUAUUUAUAGCAUAAUUUGUAAAAAAAAUUUACAGAGUUUUGAAAAAAAUUUUUAAAGUUAACCUUAAUCAAAUGAUAUUCCAAUGUUUUAUUCAGUAGAAUCCAAUUAUCAGACGCCCUCGGGACCAGGGAUAUGUCAGAAAAUCGAAAUCCUUGGAUGAUUAGAGGACCUUUUUAAGUUUAUAACCAAAUUAUGAAUGAAAUUCCUCCAAUUAGGGACUGAAAUAAAAAAAAAUUCUCAUUUGUGUAUUGUUCUAGCAAAAGAACAAUACAAUAUCAUGAAGAAAAAUAUCCUCUCCUUUUUGCUUUCUGUUUGAUUGCAGUUUUCUUACAACCAAAUUUUGGUUUGGUCACCACUGCAGUUACUGAGCAGCAGCAUCUGUAAUAAUAAACAAAACAUGCGUUGGAUUGUGUUUAAUACCAGGCGGUAGAGGUGUCAGUUAACUGAAGUGUUGUAUAAUCAAGCAUCAGAUAAUUGGGUUUCUACUAUAUUACCAACAUAAAGUUUUGAGUGUUUCUAUUUCAAUAGAUUGCAUGUAUUUCAAUGUAUAGUGUAUUCUGAAGUAUAUACUUUCCAAGAUUUCUAGUAAAGGAAGUCAUAAUACACACAUUAGAGGUCACAAAUUAAUAUUUAUGAGAAAAACAUAAAUGCUAUCAAAAUCUAGCAAAUCACUUCAGAAGAAGAUGAAAACAUCAGUGAUUAAUUAACCACAGGAAACAGAAAUAUAUCAAAGGUUUAUCAGGCAAUCAAGCUGGUUUUGAUGUGGUCAAUCCUGUCUUCUUUAGUUAUUCAUUUAUGUUUUUUCUGACUUCAAUAUUAAUUUGCUAUCUGUAAUGUGCAUACUUUUUGUCAAGGAUUCAAAAAAUACAUGUGAAGGGCUGUGUUUAUGAAACUUUUUAUGAAUCUUCGUUAUAGUUCUAUGUGUUUUACAGCUUUUCCAAGAUUCUAAAUUUGAUUUUAUAAUAGUUAAUGGAUUAAAAUGAUUACAACAAAAUUUCAAUAGCUGGGUGUAAUAAUAGCAUGUUCUGUUACAAGUCUGGAUAGCGUUUUGUUAUUUUUUUGACAAAUUUUAUUAAGUUAUCUAACUUCAGUGGUUUGACUAUCACCAAAUUCUAGCCUUAUAAAUAAAUAUAAGCAUAUUUAAAAUAAGACUUAAAAUUGCUUAUCAUACAUCAGAAUUUCGAAUUACCUUAUGUAUAAGCACAAUGUGUUAUUGCUAUUGUUUAUUUACCUAUCUGUUAAUUUUUCAUAGUUUCUAUUCUAUUUCUUUGUUUUAAUCUAUUGUGUAUACCGGUUAUCUUCUGUUCGACAAUUUAUUUAUUGGAAAUUGGCACAUUUUAUACUACAGUUAUGCUUCAAAUAAAAUAUAUUUUUUACA